UAUUGUAUACAAUAUAAGUAUACACGAUCUACAGGAACAACAGCGUCUUGUAUGGAACUCCCCAGAGGAUGAUCAGAAAAUGUGUGUCGUCAAAGGCAAAGAUGAGGAGGCGUGCCAAAAUUAUAUACGCAUCAUGGUCGUGACUUCGCCAGGACGUUUAUUUGUAUGCGGUACAAAUUCAUUUCGUCCCCUGUGUCACACUUAUAUAAUCAACGAGAACAAUUAUACCCUGGAGGCAACUAAAAAUGGCCAGGCUGUGUGUCCAUACGAUCCGAAACACAACUCUACAUCGGUAUUUGCUGAUAAUGAAUUGUAUUCGGGCACCGUGGCUGAUUUCAGUGGCAGUGAUCCGAUUAUCUAUCGAGAGCCACUACAAACAGAGCAAUAUGAUAGUUUAAGUCUUAACGCACCAAAUUUUGUCAGCUCUUUUACACAAGGAGACUUUGUAUAUUUUAUGUUUCGUGAAACGGCUGUGGAAUUCAUAAAUUGCGGAAAAUCAAUAUUUUCGCGUGUAGCUCGUGUUUGCAAAUGGGACAAAGGUGGACCACAUCGUUUUCGCAAUCGUUGGACGUCGUUUUUGAAGUCACGUUUAAAUUGUUCAAUACCUGGCGAUUUUCCAUUCUAUUUCAAUGAAAUACAAUCUGCUAGUAAUCUUGUCGAAGGACAUUAUGGUCACUCAAGCGCCAAAUUGAUUUAUGGCGUUUUUAAUACACCAACAAAUUCAAUUCCUGGCUCAGCAGUUUGUGCAUUUUCAUUGCAGGAUAUUGCGGAUACAUUUGAAGGCAAUUUCAAAGAACAAAGUGGUAUCAACUCUAAUUGGCUGCCGGUCAAUAAUGCCAGGGUACCCGAACCACGUCCUGGCUCAUGCCACAAUGAUUCAAGAACUCUACCGGAUCCAACAUUAAAUUUCAUCAAAACACAUUCACUAAUGGAUGAAAAUGUGCCGGCAUUCUUUGGUCAACCCAUUUUAGUUCGAACGAGCACAAUAUAUCGAUUUACACAAAUAGCUGUGGAUCCGCAAAUCAAAACUCCCGGUGGCAAAACCUACGAUGUGAUAUUUGUGGGAACAGAUCAUGGUAAAAUUAUAAAAUCUGUAAAUGCCGAUUCCGCAGACUCGGACAAAAAAGUAACCUCCGUGGUAAUAGAAGAAAUCGAUGUUUUACCCAAAAGUGAACCAAUACGUAAUCUAAAAAUUGUUCGCACAAUGCAAUAUGAUCAACCCAAAGAUGGCAGCUAUGAUGAUGGUAAAUUAAUCAUUGUCACUGAUAGUCAAGUUAUUGCCAUCCAAUUGCAUCGUUGUCACAACGAUAAAAUCACCAGUUGCAGUGAAUGCGUAGCUCUGCAAGAUCCAUACUGUGCCUGGGAUAAAAUUGCUGGCAAAUGUCGUUCCCAUGGUGCACCACGAUGGCUUGAGGAGAACUAUUAUUAUCAGAAUGUCACAACUGGUCAACAUGCAGCAUGCCCCUCAGGUAAAAUAAAUUCAAAAGAUGCCAAUGUCGGUGAACAAAAAGGCUAUCGAGAUGAUAUGGGCCUAUUGGAUCAACGCCGCCAAAGCAAGGAUCAUGAAGUCAUCAAUUUGCAGGACAAAAAUUUUGAGGGUCCGCACAUUUCUCCAGAUAUCAUAAAUGCCCAGUACACGGUGGAAACAUUGGUGAUGGCGGUUUUAGCGGGCUCCAUAUUCUCGCUGUUGGUAGGCUUCUUUACAGGCUAUUUCUGUGGCCGUCGCUGUCACAAGGAUGAAGAUGAUAAUCUGCCAUACCCUGAUACGGAAUAUGAAUACUUUGAACAAAGGCAAAAUGUUAAUAGUAGAAUACAAGCAGAACCCAAGCUAUUACCUCAAGUUGAAGAGGUAACCUAUGCCGAACCGGUUUUAUUGCCACAGCCACCACCAAAAAUGCAUUCGCCUAAGAGUACUUUACGUAAACCCAUGCCACCUCAUCAUGGACCCAACUCAGAAACGUUCUUCCAAUUCCAGCCAGAUGGUUAUAAUACCCAACAAUCAUAUCGUUGUCGUGAUAAUUUUGGUACUUUAAGAUCUCAUCAAGUUAUGGGUGAUAACUAUCGUCGUGGUGAUGGCUUUUCCACCACUCGCAGUGUCAAGAAGGUUUACCUUUGAGACGGGAGUGGGGCGGCUGAAACCAGUCAGGGAUUAAUUACCCAAAAUAUGGCUGUUAACACAAAUACACGUAAUCGAAGUCUUGGUCGUAUGAGAAGGCAGCCGCCCCGUCAUGGUAUUGUAACUCAACAACACCGUUCCAAUAGUCCACAACACUCCAGUUCGGCCUCAUCGCCUGUUAUGUCAAAUAGUAGUUCUAGUCCAGCACCACCAUCCAGCAGUCCAUCACCGCAAGAGAGCCCCAAGAAUUGUAGUUACAUAUAUCGUGAUUGAUUGAUCACUAAUACCAAAUCAAUGCCACUAAUCAAAACAACAUCCAACAAUACAACAACAACAACCACAACAGAUGCAAA